UGCGUGCAGGCUGGUGCCGCAGGGAGCUGCUCCCGUCAGAGCUGAAUCCCCGAGCUCAGCCUCCGUUCCCAGAAGCUGGUGUUUGGGGUCCCCCUCCCUGAUGCAGGCCUCCCCUCAGAUGCUGUGGCUGCUGCUCCUGACCCUCCCCUGCCUGGGGGGCUCUGUGCCCGGGAACCCAGAGCCGGGCACGGGGCGUGAGCAGGUGGGCAUUGUCGGGGGCUGUGACGUCUCAGCCAGCAGGUACCCCUGGCAGGUCAGCCUGAGGUUCUACAACAUGAAGAUGGACAAGUGGGAGCACAUCUGCGGGGGCUCCCUCAUCCACCCCGAGUGGGUGCUGACCGCUGCCCACUGCCUUGAGCCGGAGGAGCUGGAGGCCUGUGCGUUCAGGGUGCAGGUCGGGCAGCUGAGGCUCUAUGAGGAUGACCAGCGGACGAAGGUGGCCGAGAUCCUCCGCCACCCCCAGUACAACGAGAGCCUGUCUGUCCAGGGCGGCGCGGACAUCGCCCUGCUGAAGCUGGAGGCCCCCGUGCCGCUGUCUGAGCUGGUCCACCCUGUCUCGCUCCCGCCUGCCUCCCUGGACGUCCCCUCGGGGAAGACCUGCUGGGUGACCGGCUGGGGUGUCAUCGCGGGCAACCAGCCGCUGCCCCCACCCUACCAUCUGCAGGAGGUGGACGUCCCCAUCGUGGGGAACGAGGAGUGUGACCGGGAGUACCGGAACCAGUCCCUGGACAGCACCGACAGGGUCAUCCAAGACGACAUGCUGUGUGCGGGGAGUGAGGGCCGGGACUCCUGCCAGGGUGACUCCGGGGGCCCCCUGGUGUGCAGGUGGAAUUGCUCCUGGGUUCAGGUGGGGGUUGUGAGCUGGGGCUACUUCUGCGGCGAAAGGUACCCUGGCGUGUACACCCGCGUGAUGAGCUACGUGUCCUGGAUCCGCCAGUAUGUCCCUCUGUUCCCUGGACCCUAGCUGGGGUGCAGUGGGGUCUGCACGCUCCUGGAGACCCCGUCUUCCUUGCGGACGCGCCUGCUGCUCCUUAGUCCCAGCCUCGGCCUCCCACAGGCCCGCGCCCCAAGAGCCUUCUGCUCCGCUCCAGCUUCGCAAGGCUUUGUCGGGGAGCAGGGUGGGGGCCCUCGGAGAUGACUGGGCGUGGGAACAAAACCCCGGCCAUCCCAGGCAACUGCUUGUGACUUGACUCUAUUAAACGGUGUGGAAGUGGC